AUGGAGAGGGAGCUGCAAUGGUGGAAAGGACAGCUGGCUGCAGAUAUACAUCAGUCCCUGCGCAUCAAGGAGCUGAAGUUACCUGCGUACCGGGCUCAUUCUCCACAGAUCGGCAUGCGGCGCUACUUUGCCGACCUGUUGGCCAUCCUGAGUAACCGGUAUCAACUCUGCCCCACGGCCCGCCAUCUCGCUGUCUAUCUGCUGGACCUGUUCAUGGACCACUACGAUGUGGCCGUGAAGCAGCUCUAUGUCAUCGCCCUCUCCUGUCUGCUCCUGGCCAGUAAAUUUGAGGAGAAGGAGGACCGUGUCCCCAAACUGGAGCAGCUCAACUCUCUGGGCUUCAUGUGCAGCUUGAACCUGGUGCUCAACAAACGGGACCUGAUCAAAAUGGAGCUGCUGCUGCUGGAGACGUUUGGCUGGAACCUGUGCAUGCCCACCCCGGCACACUUCAUUGACUACUACCUCCACGCAGCUGUGCAGGAGGGGGACCUCUACAACGGGUGGCCCCUGUCCUCCUUUUCCAAGACCAAGGCUUUUAUGGACAAGUACACUCACUACUUUCUGGAAGUCUCACUGCAGGACCAUGCCUUCCUGAGUUUCCGGCCGUCUCAGGUCUCUGCUGCCUGCAUUGCAGCGUCUCGUAUUUGCCUUCAGAUCAGCCCCAGCUGGACCACGGCUCUGCACCUCCUCACAGGCUAUACCUGGGACCACCUCACCCAAUGCAUUGAGCUCAUGCUCCUAGCCCAUGACAAUGAUGUGAAGGAGGCCAAUAAAAGCAAGACCACGCCGCCCCACAGGCCGUCGUCUCUGCAGCCUCAGGCCUCCGCUCAUCUCUCUCCUGUGUCGGCUGUACAGAGAACCUCCUCCUCCUCCACCACCUCUACUCCACAGCUGCUCUUUCAGCCUGAUGCCUUCCCACAUAUCUCCCAGCAUUCCCCCUCGUUGACACAGCUGCAGGCCCUGGCCCCUGUGGUCAGUGUUUCUCAGGAUUUUCUCCAGAACCACAGAAUGGGUCUGCUAACAACUCAAGUGGUGCCCCCCGCACCCGCAUUUUCCUCAUACUCCGCUCUGAGCUCAGGUCUUCAGCCCGGCACCAGGGGCCUCCCUCUGCAGGGGCCCCUCUCCAUGCAGAUGGCCCUAGCUACAGAGCAGCGCCACUGUCUGAGUAUGGCCUACAGCGGGGGCUAUCUGGGGGCUCAUCACACCUUCACAGCGGGAUGUUUCGACAGCACUGUACCUUCUGCCCCCGUGCCCUCCUCUGUGUCCCAGAGACGCCUCAAACGCAAACAAAGGGCCAAAAGCAAGACUGACCCAGUGGAAGUCAUCACUCUGACGUGA